AUGGAGACCUUAAGACCUCCAACGGUCGUCUUUCCGACCAGCCUGCCUCCACUUGUGCUCAAUCCUGUCACCACUUCGAUAUUACUUGCCGCUGUGAUUGCGGUAUUCGUCCUAAGUAGAAAAAACAGCAAAAUUCCUCACGCCAACCCUCCAGCAUGGUAUGCCCCAACGACUACGAAUCAGGUGGACGCUGUGAAAAACGGCAUGAAUAUCCUGAAUGAGGCCCGGAAGAAGUUUCCGGACCAGCCAUACCGAUUCAUCAACAAUAACGGAGAAGUUCUUGUUCUUCCAACACGCUUUGCGAACACUAUCCGUAACGAACCAGGUCUAAGCUUUUCGAAAACGGUCAUACAGGACUUCCAUGCCCAUGUUGCAGGAUUUACAGCUAUGCAAGUCAUAGACCAUCAGGGGCAAAUAUUGCAAAACGUUGCUAGAAAACCACUCACCAAACUUCUCAAUACUGUUACCGAGCCCCUAGCUUCCGAAGCUAUCUUCGCGAUUGGCAAAACCUUGGGCAAUCCUACCGUAGAUUGGCAAGAAACCCUCAUUUUGGACUCGACACUGGACAUUAUCGCACGUCUUUCGUCACGUGUUUUCCUAGGCGACAAACUUUGCCGCAACGAAGAUUGGCUUAAGGUCACGAAGAUGUAUACCGUGGACAUGUUCCAAGCGGCAUUCGACUUGACGCUUGUGCCCUCUGCUCUUCAAUUUCUCAUUCCUCUCUUCUCUAAACAAUGCAGUGUUGUUCGUGGAGAGCUACGUCGCGCUCAGGAGCUGAUCAGGCCAGUGAUCGAGGAGCGUCGUUUACUGAAAGAACAGGCACGCAAGGAAGGAAAGCCAAUUCCGAAGUUCAAUGAUGCUAUCGAAUGGGGUGAGCAGGAAUGCAAAGGUAUCGGCUAUGAUCCUGCCUCACUACAACUCACUCUAUCUUUUGCUGCUAUCCACACCACAUCGGACCUUUUGUCAAAGAUCUUAUUGCUCUUGGCUGGAGAGCCUGAGAAAAUUGAACCCCUCCGGGAAGAAAUAAUUCGUGUCCUGAAAAAGGAUGGAUGGUGCAAAAAUUCGCUGUUCAACAUGAAGCUUUUGGACAGUGCAAUGAAGGAAGCACAAAGAGUUUUGCCUAACGAGCAGUUGGCUAUGCACCGUAUCGCAACUAAAGACGUACACCUAAAAGAAGACAACAUCACUAUCCGCAAGGGGCAGUAUAUCUUGGUAGACACUCACGGAACACAACUACCCCCAAGUGAGAACCCAGAGAAGUUCGACAUCUACCGUUGGUUACGCUUACGAGAAACCCCCGAAUUUGCGAACAAAGCACACUUUGUAAGCACGAGCCCUGAACACCUCGCAUUUGGCCAUGGAACGCAUGCCUGCCCUGGUCGCUUCUUCGCUGCCAAUGAGGUCAAGAUUGCGCUCAGUUUUCUUCUUCUCAGAUACGAUUGGGAACUGGCUCCUGGAACAACUGCUGAGCCGAAUAUCUUCGGAAUCAACUACAUGGUAAACCCGAAGACUACUUUGAGGUACAGGAAGAGAGAGUCGGAGAUUGAUUUGGAGGCUCUGAGGUUUGAGUAG